AUGGUGCGGAGACGGCCAAUGAAGAAAACACAGGAGAAUAAGUUGGAGGUUGCUGAGAUAAGAAUGUUAAGGUGGAUGCUUGGGGUGACAAGGAGGGAUAAAGUGAGAAACAAUUUUAUAAGAGGAACAGCCAAAGUAACGGAGGUGACAAAGAAAGUACAAGAAAGGAGAAUGCGAUGGUUCGGUCAUAUCAAAAGGCGAGAAGGGUUUGUCGGCAGAAGGAUAUUGGAUACGGAAGUGGAGGGAAGAAGACGAGGUGGCAGACCAAAGAAAAGGUGGAAGGAUCGCAUUGGAGAGGACCUGAGGGAGAGAGGAUUGAGUGGAGAGGAGGUUGGGGACAGAGCCCUGUGGAGAAGACUAGUGAGGAACAGCGACCCCAUAUGA